ACAAGCGUUCAAACAUUCGCGGUAUAAAAAUUUUCCGCUGACAGACUUUGCCGUUCUUUCUUAGUUUCUGAUUGUUGUUGUUUAUGCAGAUAAUUAUAUGUAAUUUAAUUAAUGUAAAGAUGAGUAGGAUGACGAGAACACUGAAAGCUGUUCAGCGGGAGCUGCAGAGUGCAAAACAGAACAAUGAUGGUACUGAGGAGUCUCCACAAGCCCUGGACAUUUCAUCCAUAGAGAAAGCCAGUUUCUUUCAGGGAGAUCAGUAUUCUCCUCAUGGGAACCCGCUUCACAGCACGGCUUUAGAGGAAGAUCUCAGCCCUGGACCAGAACAGAGCCACAGGUCUGCUCCAGAGAAGACGGAGCGGCCACGAGCUGGGAAGCCUGUGGAGACUCGUAAGACUAAGAAAAAGGCCCAAACUGUUUCUAAGGGCUUGAAUAAGAACGACGCAUCCAAGGAGAACCAGGAACCAUCUGAGCCACCAAAUCAAGGAGCAAAAUCAGUAGUCAGAAAAGCUAAAGGCAGACCUUUACCAACCAUAUCAGAGGGCGGAGAGGAUACAGACAAGAAAAGAACAUCAGUCCCUACGAGCGCUGUGUCUAAGAAAGCAGGAAAAGGUCAGAAGUCAGCAAAAGAAACAUCUCCGACCCCAGGAGCGGCUCAGAGACUGCAGAGGUCACCGCCGUCCUCAGAGGACCUGACAGAUGAGGAUGAAAGUUUUCACACAAGCAUGGAGAAGUCGAAAGGGUCAAAGAGGAGAUCUUCCAGUCAGCGGCAGAGCGGACACAAACAGAAAAGGAAGUCAUUAUCUUCAUCAGAGACAGCUGGCCCUUCUAAAAAACCCAGAGAUCUGAGAAGUCCAACUGAUCUUGACGUGGUGCUCGAUACUUUCCAGGAGAUUGUCACUCAGUAUAAGCAGACCAUAACCUCUGACGCAGUCAAACGCUCCAUCGACGCCGUCAGUCGCUCAUUUGAGGAGCAGCUCUCUGAGAUAAUCACAGCGACAAAUGAACUCAAGAAUGUGAAAAGAGAAAAUAACAAGAUUAAUAGAGCUAUUAAUCAGAAGAGGACCAGGCUUGUGGAAGCCAGUAAUGAACUCAUUAAGGGAAAGACGAAGCUGAGGAAUCUCCAGAAAGAUCAUGAUGAGAUGGAGCUGAGACUCAAAGCUCUGAGAGAAGGAUCCUCUUUGAUCGCCAGCCUGCAGGAGCUCAACAGGAAGUACCUGAAGCACCGCACGGCUCAUCCGGAGGAAGUAGAAACGUAUGGUCCGUCUUGUAUGCCUGCCAUGUUGAUGGAAGCCAGGGGCAUCAUGGGAACAGAACAUCAGCUAAAGACUGUUAAUGACCAUCUACAGCAGGUUUUAGAUGAAACAGAAAAUCCAUAAUCAACACACACUGUACAGCUCAACAAAUAAACGAUUUAACGGAA